AUGGGCAUGGCCGGCGUUUCUGCACCGAACGAUCUUACUUUCGGUCUAUCGAAGAUCGCGAAGCUCGAGUCCGAGCUGGCCGAGCUCGGCUCGGACGGCGCCUCUGGCGGCGACUCGGAUGGCGACGGCCGGCUGCCUUCGCCGACGCAGCCGGCGGCUCCGCACCGCAAGCGCGGCCGCUCCGGAGUGAAGGGCGCUGACGACGAGGAGCCGGUGGAGGCUCCCGGCGUCGUCGGCCUGCGCUGCGAGAUGUGCGGCGCGCUGCUGCGCGAGCACCUGCAGGGGAAGAAGCACGUUUGCGACAUCGCCUUCACCAGCGUGGCUCAGCUGACCGAGCACUGCAAGGGCAGGAAGCACCGCGACGCCGAGGGACGGCAACGAGGCGGCGGCGGGAGAGACGUUGAUCGUGACUGCUUGUGUUGA